AUGCAACCCUUAACGGACGUUCUGAUCUUUGUUGGGCCCAGCGGCAGUGGCAAGUCAACACUCAUCCAACAUUUACUGCACAAGUGGCCGCAGUACUUCGCCUUCUGCACAAGCCACACCACCCGUAAGCCGCGGGCGGGGGAAGUCGACGGUCAACACUAUCACUUUGUGAAGAAGGAGACAUUUCGUCAAAUGAUUCACGAUGAUCUUUUUGUGGAAUACAACCGAGUGUUUAGUUCAACCAAACAAAAAGAAAAAGAAGAAAAAGAAGCUACAAAUAGAGAUAAUAAUAAUAAUAAUAAUAAUAAUAAUAAUAAUAAUAAUAAUAAUAAUAAUAGUAAUAGUAAUAGUGGUAUGGGGACAACAGCCUUGGAUGAUGCGGAUUAUUAUGGCACUUCCAAGAAGGAAAUGCAUGCCAUUCUCGCCCAACACAAAAUAGUCGUGAUGGACACAGACAUCACCGGCGCUAAAAACAUUAAAAGAUAUUGUCAAACAUGCAAACGAGAUGCAUUCACUUUAUCCAACGGAAUAGCAACUGUUCAUAAUAAUAAUAAUAAUAAUAAUAAUAAUAAUAAUAAUAAUAAUAAUAAUAAUAAUAAAAAUAAUAAUCAUCAUCAUCAUUCUUAUCCGGAGGGAAGACCCCUGCGGGUGACGGUGGUGUUUGUGAAGAGCCCAGACAUUACGGUGUUGGAGCGGCGGCUGCGGGAUCGCGGGAGUGAGUCCGACUUCACGCUGCAGCGGCGCCUGCGGGAGAGUGCGAAGUGGCUGGCGUGGUGUGCGGCCCACCCCGACUUCUUCCAGCACGUGUUUAUGAACAACCACCUCGAGGUGUGCCUGGCCGAGCUGCGGGCAUUCGUCUACACACAGGUCCUCGUCCAGAAGAGUAAGCUGUAA